CCUGCCUCAGCUGCUGCCUAAAAACUGAAACAAGAGCCCUCAAUGAAAGAUCUUCCACUGGGCCACCCCCAAAGUACACCCGCUAACCCGUCACCAAGCCAUCUGUCAUUUGCUUUCUGCCUCUGUAGCGGGAGCAGCCAUGGCCUGGAGUCUCCGCGGGAAAACCCAGCUUGGAGGACUGCUCCUCUCUCUCCUCGGCUGGGUCUGCUCCUGUGUCGCCACCAUCCUACCGCAGUGGAAGACUCUCAGUCUGGACCUGAACGAAAUGGAGACCUGGGUCAUGGGACUUUGGGAGGUCUGCGUGAAUCAGGAGGAAGUUGCCGUGUGCAAGGCCUUUGAGUCCUUCUUGUCUCUGCCCCAGGAACUCCAGGUAUCCCGCAUCCUGAUGGCAGCCUCCCACGGGCUGGGGCUACUGGGGCUUCUGCUCUCUGGCUUCGGGUCCGAAUGCUUCCAGUUGCACAGGAUCAGAUGGGUAUUUAAAAGACGGCUUUGUCUCCUGGGAGGGACUCUGGAAGCAUCAGCUGCAGCCACUACCCUCCUCCCAGUCUCUUGGGUGGCCUACACCACCGUCCAAGACUUCUGGGAUAAUAGCAUCCCUGAGAUUGUGCCUCGCUGGGAGUUUGGAGAUGCCCUCUACCUGGGCUGGGCUGCUGGGAUUUUCCUGGCCCUCGGUGGGUUAGUCCUCAUCUUCUCAGUGUGUCUGGGAAAAGAAGAUGUGCCCUCCCUCCAGAUGGCUGGCCCUACAGCCCCACCAUUCUAUGCCCCAGCGGACGAGUCCAGUGCCUCCUUCUAUCUAACACCAAGACCCAGGAACCUAUUCAUCUAGGAACUGCUCCUGCCAAGGAACAUGUGGAAUAAAGGAAUGUCGGUAGAAUCUUUUCUCUUCCUUAUCCUCUGCCACUCUACAUUUAGUUCCCUCACAUGGGGGUGGUAGUCACUGUCCCAUUGGUUAAGGAUUUGACUAUCUUGGUGAUAUGGUGAUCCAUAAUUUUGGAAUAAAAAAUCAAGGCACAGGGCACCUGGAUUGUUCAGUCGGUUAAGCGUCUGCCUUUGGCUCAGGUCAUGAUCCCAGGGUCCUGGGAUCGAGCCCCACAUUAGGGUCCUGCUCAGCGGAAAGCCUGCUUUUCCCUCUGCCUCUGCCUGCCUCUCUGCCUGCUUGUGCUCUCUAUCUCUCUGUCAAAUAAAUAAAAUCUUUUUUAAAAAAUCAAGGCAGAAUUUCUAAUGAACAUGUUUUUAUGACUUAGAUUUUACUUGUUUUAAAUGCUUUUAAACUCAUAACAUUAAUUAUAUACUCCAUUCAUUACUAAAUAUAUUGCAAAAUUACAACUAUCAUAGGAAAUCUAAGUGUGAAUAGCCACUAUAGAUAUGAAUGGAAAUGCUGUGGGGUGCCUGGGUGGCUCAGUCAGUUAAGCAUCUGCCUUUGGCUCAGGUCAUGAUCUUGGGGUCCUGGGAUAGAGCCUGUGUCAGGCUCCCAGCUCAAUGGGGAGUCUGCUUCUCCCUCUCCCUCUGGCCCUCCCUCCACUCACAAUUGUGUCCAGGCUCUCUCUCUCUCUUUCAAAUAAAUAAAAACCAGCGCACCUGGGUGGCUCAGUGGGUUAAAGCCUCUGCCUUCAGCUCAGGUCAUAAUCUCAGAGUCCUGGGAUCGAGCCCCACAUUGGGCUCUCUGCUCUGCGGGGAGCCUGCUUUCCCCUCUCUCUCUGCCUGCCUCUCUGCCUACU